CAUUGAUGUUUUAAUGGAGACUAAAGGCGGCAAGAAGAAAUCAUCCAGUAGCAUUAGUAGAAUACAUUACGAAGCUCCCCUGGGUUACAUCAUCGAAGACGUUCGUCCCAACGGUGGCAUCCAGAAAUUCCGCUCUGCUGCUUACUCCAACUGCGUGAGGAAGCCAUCCUGAUAUGAACGUGGAGAGUAGGAAAUUUCACCAUAAAGAAUUUUCAAAAUUUUCCCCUAAAACUGUCCAAAUUGUUGUAAUUAAGAAGAAAAAAAGCAAGCUCUACGUUUUUAUUGUUGAAUUGGUGGUAUGAGUGCAGCUAUCGGUUUCGAGGGCUUGGAGAAGAGGCUGGAGAUUACAUUCUCAUCAGAGUUGGGAUAUGCGAAGGGGGCCCUGACGCGGGCGCAGGUGGACUCCAUCCGCCCGCUGCAGCUCUCCAACACCGAGUUGGACUCGUACGUUUUGUCGGAGUCGAGUCUGUUUGUUUACCCACUCAAAAUUGUUAUCAAAACGUGUGGGACCACCAGGCUUUUGAUGUCUAUCCCGCAGAUACUGAAACUCGCCGACUCCCUCUCACUCGCGCCCAGCUCCGUGCGCUACACGCGCGGCACCUUCAUUUUCCAGAAUUCCCAGCCUGCCCCUCACCGCAGCUUCGCCGAGGAGGUGGCGUUUCUCAACUCAUUUUUCAGUUCCGGAAGCGCAUAUGUACUCGGCGAUCCCCACCGGAAAUGGCAUGUCUACGUGGCGGUGAUGGUGAUGGAGAAUCUGGAGAUGUGCAUGACCGGCUUGGAUCGGGAUAAAGCCGCCGUGUUCUUCAAGGGCGGUGGUAAAAUGACGAAACUGUCCCGGAUCGAUGAGAUCGUAGGUAGCCAUGCCAUCUGUGAUUAUGAAUUUGAGCCGAUGAACGGGAUCGAGGGCGCAGCGUAUUCUACGGUGCACGUGACCCCAGAGGAUGGGUUCAGCUACGCCAGCUAUGAGGCCAUGGGAUUGGACCUGGACUCCGUUGGGAAGAGGGUGCUGAGGUGCUUCAACCCUCGGGAGUUCAGUGUGGCCGUCACGUGCGGAGGAUUUGGCUCGGUGUACGCCUGCCAGACUGCAGUGGCGCAGGCCUUGCCGGAUGGUGGUUGGGUGGUUUACCGGUGCUACGUGGCCAGGGAGAGGGAGAGGGGGUGCCGCGCCCCCAAGCCAUGCUGGAAGGAGGCUGACGCUCCCUUGUGUGGAACCGUUUUAGGGCUAGAGUUGUUUUCAGUUGGGAAAUAACCACACAAACGGGCAUUGCUCCAUUAAAC